UGCCGGUGCCGCCCCCAGGCCCCGCCCCACGCGUUCUGGCUCCCGGCGCAGUCUGUCCCCAACGCCGCGCCGUAGCGGGGCGGUGCCGGUCAGGCGGGAGAGCGGGGAAGAGGCGCAGGAGGCGGUGAACGCUUACCAGAGAAGAUCAAGAUGAGUCUAAGGAAGCAAACCCCUAGUGACUUCCUAAAGCAAAUAAUUGGAAGGCCAGUUGUGGUAAAAUUAAAUUCUGGAGUUGAUUAUCGAGGUGUCCUGGCUUGCCUGGAUGGGUAUAUGAAUAUAGCUCUGGAACAGACUGAAGAAUAUGUAAAUGGACAAUUAAAGAACAAGUAUGGGGACGCGUUUAUCCGAGGAAAUAAUGUAUUGUACAUAAGCACACAGAAGAGGAGGAUGUGAAGACGACAGAAGGAGUCUGUUUUGUGUUUGUGAACCUCAUCGAAGUGAUGAGCCCUAUUUGAUUUGUAGUUAAUCUACAGGUGAAAUACACAAGUGUUUAAAUAUUUUUUUUAAAUAAAUGUAAACCAGUGUAAAUUUCCUGAAUGUUUUUGUUUCAAAGUAUUGCUUUGUUCCACUGUACAGAAAAAAAAAAUAAAGCAUGUAAUAAUGCUGUGAGAGUAA